AUGAGUUAUAAUCCAUAUCGAAAUUCGAAUAAUGUUAAUGGUAGUGGAAGCACCAUUUCUGCUGGAAGUAACGAUAGACUAUAUAACUUCCAAAACGAAGAAAGAAACUCUCCUGUAACCAAUAAUGAAAAUACACCUUACAAUUCACGUGCUCUCGAUUCAGAAAGUGCCGUCACUGGUUCAAAGUUGGCUUUUUCAACUGUUAGCCUAACAAAUCUUACUGAAGAUAGUUUCCUUAUGAAAGUAUCUGGUGAAGUUACAAAUACCGGCCCAUUGGCUGCUACUAUUGAAGUUCCUGGUGGCGUAUCAGUAUCUUGGGAAAAUCUUCUGAUUGGUAAUAUGCCACUUGAUACCAUUUCAGCUGCUCCUUUUGUUGGUGCUCGAAUUGAAUCAACUCAAACUUUUAAAAUAUCAAAUAAGACUGCAUUCAGUCAAUUCAAUAAAUUCAUGUUGACUGAAAAAGAAUUCACAUGGCAUUUGGAAGGUGUUGCAUCCGUAAAGGCAGCCGGCUUGAAUCUUCAAAAUAUUAUUUUGUCCAAAGAUAUAACCAUGGGUGAUCCUCAGGGCGGUAUUGUUGUUCAAAUAGUUUCUACCAUGGGAAAUCCUUCUCCUAUUAGUGUUCAAUUAGGCGACCUUACUUUUGACAUUCAAUAUCUUAAUCAUACGAUCGGAGAAGUUUCUGCUACAAACAUUACCUUACUCCAGGGCGACAAUAAAUUAAAUUUGAACGGUAGACUUAUUCCUCAGAAUACCACUGGUUCAUUAGCUGCUGUUAGCGAUUUGUUUUCAAAAUUCAUUGCCGGUCAAAAUGCCACUACCGAUGUUGUUGCAAAAUUGGUAAAGCCUGAUAACAACACAGAACCUGUUUCUUGGUUACAAUCCGCAUUUUUGGGUACAAGGUUGUCCGUAGUAUUAGCUGGACCACAAAAUCUCUCAGUUAUUACUGGUGUCACCAUAAAUACCUUGGAUCUAGACUUUCUUACAGAUAAUCCAUACAUACCAAUGGCUGCUUCACCUUCUUUAACUGCCUCAUUUAGCAUACCUUUUGGUUUCCCGUUGUCGAUGAAAAAAAUUUCUCAAGAUAUUACAAUGUUUGAUGGCGCUACUAAUCUAGCCAAACUCUCAACUCCUUACACUGAUGCAUCAGGCGAUACAACAACAGGGAUAAUCAAAUCAAGUUUUGCUCCUACUCCAUUCCAAGUAACAAGUGGCUCUGAAAAUGCUUUUGAUAAUUUUAGUAAGAAAUUGACCACAGACCCGAAAGUUGAUUUGGUAAUGAAAGGUGUCGCGAAUUCAAUUGCAAGUACCCCUGUGGGCGAUGUAGAAAUUAAAGGGAUCAAAUUUUCUGUCAAUUCAUCUUUAGAUGGGCUUCAAGGUCUCAAAACAAAGACAGCUUUAGUCAAUUCAUUGAAAGUUGUAGGUGGUACCACUGACAUGAUGUUGAUUGACCUUUCAGUCACACUAUUUAAUCCAUCAAAUGUAAAAAUCAACAUGGGUGAUAUUAAUUUCGAUUUGUAUUUUAAGGAGAAACAACUUGGAAAAGUUCUUAUGAAAAAUUAUGUUUUAGACCGUGGUGAAAACACCGGAAAUGUUGUUGCACAAUUUGCACCAAAAACUGACGAUGCAUUGAAAGUUGGUAGAGACUUAUUAAACAAUUUUAUGGCCGGUAAACCGAAUGAUUUAGGAAUAAAAGGUACUUUGGAAUCAACAAAAAUCUCGUCAUUGAAAAAAGCAUUGGCUAGUCUUGAACUUGAAACUUCCAUGCCUGGAUUAAAAUCGGAUAAAAAUGUCAUACUUAAAGCUAGAUUUGCCAUUGGUCUUAACACAAUAUUUGAUUCGAAAGGUACUGCCUCGAUAGAUGCAUUCAAUCCAUUAGACACCACUAUCAAAUUUUUAAAGAUCCAAUCAACAAUCACAUCGGAGGGCAAUUUGAUUGGAACUAUCGAUGAAGAUUUAACAAGUGCUCCUGUGGUCAUUAAGCCAAAACAAUCCGUCACCACAAAAGAUUUUGAAUUGAAGUUGAAAAUUACUCCCGCUGCUUUGAAAAGCUUGUUUGAAUCGAUUAAAGGUGACUUGUUUACCGAUAUUUCUUCAACUAUAUUGGUUGCUAUUGGUGAUUAUCAGACUACAAUUGAUUAUGGUGGAGAUGGCGGGCCUAUAUAA